AUGGAUACCUCAACGCCAAGUACACCUCCUGGACCUCAAAACGAAACAAACACUACAAACGAAAAUUUAAGUAACGCGAAGACUCCUCCUUCAACUGUUCCUAUUGCAUCUCCGUCAUUAUUAGGUACACCCUCUACACCAACACCUGCAACACCAGAAUCUACCACAUCUCUUCCAAGGCCAAGCAUAGGUCCAAUAUAUUCCGCGGUUUAUUCCGGAGUACCGGUUUAUGAGUUUCUUGUACGAGACGUAGCUGUGAUGCGCCGGCGUCCGGAUUCUUACUUGAACGCCACGCAAAUUUUGAAAGUCGCUGGUCUUGAAAAAGGUAAACGUACAAAAAUUAUCGAAAAAGAAGUUUUAACUGGUGAUCACGAAAAAGUUCAAGGUGGUUAUGGCAAAUAUCAGGGUACUUGGGUUCCAUAUGAAAGAGGAAAGGAACUUGCUGAACAAUAUGGGGUUCUUGAGAUUUUGCGUCCUUUAUUAGAAUAUAAACCACCUAAACAUGAUAUACCUUAUUCAUCAUCUCCAUAUACUCCAACUAAAGAACAGGCGAUGGCUGCUUUGCGUAGACAAGCUGCAAAGGCCACUACUCCCGCUAUUCAGUCGAACGCUCAAUCCGAUGCUCAAACCAACGGGGACUCUUCCUUGCUAUCUAAUAAUGAAAACGAGAACGAAGCUCCUACAGUAACAAAUUUUGAGGCUUCUGAACCACCUCUAACGGUUGCAGAAAUGGACGAAGAGGAACGUCACAGAAAUGUUCUAAUGGCAAUAUUCCUUAAUGAAGACCCGAAUCAGAUUCCAGAUCUUCUCUCAAACCCGUCUUCUCCGGAUGAUAUUGACUAUGACGUUAUCAUUGAUAGUCACGGUCAUACAGCUCUUCAUUGGGCGGCUGCUCUAGCCCGAUUACAAGUUAUGGAAUUAUUGCUGACAAGGGGUGCUAAUGUACGUCAAUUGAAUUAUGAAGGUGAAUCUGCUUUAGUACGCGCCGUUCUUGUCACCAAUAACUAUGAAGCACAAAAUUUCCCUGCUGUUCUUGAUCUCCUUCAUGAAACUAUCCCAUCGACUGAUAAAGAUAAUCGAACUGUUUUUCAUCAUAUUUCAAUGACCUCUGGUACCAAAGGCCAUGCUGCUGCUGCAAAAUAUUAUAUGGAUUGUAUGCAGCAAUGGAUCGCUCAAAAUGUUGAUGGAAACCUUUCCACGAUUUUAAAUAUUCAAGAUAAAAAUGGUGACACAGCUUUAAAUAUUGCUGCUAGAGUAGGAAAUACUCAGUUAGUUCGUCAGCUAAUAGAAAUGGGUGCUAGCAAGCAGAUUGAAAAUAAGAUAGGUUUAAAGGCAAUAGACUUUGAUCCAACUGAACGUAUUGAUAUUGACGAUAUAAAUGAUGUGAGACUAGAGCAAAUUGACUUUUUUACUCAGCCAAUCACUUCAACUUUUGUUAAUCCCCGUAGAAAAUCAAAAGAAAUAGUGUCAGGUAUUCAAAAAUUAGUUGAAGAGGCUGAAACAGAAUGGAUUGAGCAGCUUAGAUUAAAAGAUGAACAACUGGUUGACUUGCAACGUCAAUGCAAUACAACUUCAAGGCAACUUGUCGAAGCAAGGCGAAUAUUACAUUAUUUUCGUCAGCAAGACAAGGAAUUCGAUGAAACAGAAGAGUACAUUAAGUUUCUUGAAAAAGUAUUGAACACUGAAGAUCAAGAUGAUUAUGCUGUCCCGCGUAAGCGUCAAAAAAUUGAGCAUUCAAAUGGAACUACCACUGGGUUAGAUGUUCUUUCAGUUAUUUCUACUACCACUCCAAUAACAAAGACGGAUGUUUCUAUACCAGAAAUUGAAGUACAUUUGCCACAGAAUGUGCCAUCACCACCCUCUACGAUGAAUUCACAACCAAUUGCAUCAACUAUUGGUGUGACACCUGUUCGGAUACAACAAGCUCAGCUUAUAGCCAAUCCUACGACCUCUAUAAACACAGGAACAUUGCCACCGUCAACUAUUUCGAUUAAAGAUUCAAUAUCGACGUCACAGGAUAUCAACGAGUCAGCCACACAUGUGAUAUCAUCACUGUCGAAUACGCCUUUUGCAACUGAUGCUGUAUCAACAUCCUCUUCCGCAGCACAUCCAAUAACUUUUCCAUCGUCAACGAGAGUAGUCCCCACUGCAUUCUCUUCGUCCAUGGUUGUUCCAACAGCUUUUGCAUCAACCACGAGAGCAGUUUCACCCUCGAUGACAUCAUACAGCACUCCAACAAAUAAACCGCCAACAAUAACGAUUACCCCCCCUCCGAAUACUACGCAGUCGUCUCAAACAAUCAAGCCACUAUUCCCAACUUCUCCGGUCUCGUUUACUUCGUGUGUCUCACCCAUAAAACCUUUAGUAGAUAUGAAAACGGAAAAUGAAAUCAGAAGUCUUCAAGCACAGAUAAAUGCAUAUUCAAAGGAUGAGGAUUUACUUCGACAAGAAAUUAACGAAUUAAAAGGAAAAUCAUCGAAUGCUGAAUUGCAAUGCAAGAAGAUCAUUGCAUCAUGCUGUAAAACCGAGCUGGACAAGGUUGAUGAUUGUGUUGAAGCGAUAUUACAGGCAAUGGAAAGUGAUAGUGCUGAUUUUAACUUUUCUAGGAUCAAGGAUUUGAUGAGCAGAGUACGCUGUGAAGAAAUGGAAGAUACAAGGGGUCAGGAGUUAUCAGGUGCUAUAUAA